GGCCGACAGGAACCCCGGGUCCCCACUUCGAGUCGGAGCGGAGGCGACAUGCGGAAAGGGCCGCGCCGGGGCCGCGCGGGGAUGGGGGUCCCCCAGGGCGGCCUGGAGCCCGGCGGCUUCCCCGCAGCGCGGAAGCGGAGCCUGGCGGACAGCCGCCGCCUCUGGCUCGCCGUGCUGCUGGCCCUGGCCGCCGGCUCCCUGGUGGGGCUUUACCUGCUCUGGCAGGUGGGCGAGGACCCGGCCGUCGGGGGCAUCCAGCCCCGGGAGGCAGCGCAGGAGGAGCUGAUCCCGGGCGCCCAGCUGAAGCACAAGCCCCAAAACCUGACUGGCGGGCAGCUGAAAGGCCUGGCCUCGCAGGUCCAACUGCAACGCCUUUGGCGUAGCUACCUGCAGCCCAUCCUGAUCGAGAGGUACUCUGGAAGCCCUGGCAACGAAAAAGUCCGGCAGUUCAUUGUGGAAAAGCUGAGGAAACUGGGCGCUUCCUGGCACAUAGAGGUGGACGCCUUCAAAGACCAGGCACCGCAUGGCGUCGUCAGCUUCGCCAAUGUGGUGGCUACGUUGGACCCCGCAGCCACCUGGCGCCUGGUGUUUGCCUGCCACUACGACUCCAAGUACUUCUCCCGCGACAAGCGUGGCCGGGCCUUCCUGGGGGCGACGGACUCGGCUGUGCCCUGUGCCAUCCUGAUGGAGCUGGUGACGGCGCUGGACGAGGAGCUGAAGAAAUCAAAGGAGAGGGGCUCCAAGGUGACGUUGCAGCUGCUGUUCUUUGACGGGGAGGAGGCCUUUCAGGAGUGGACGGACAAGGACUCCCUGUACGGCGCACGACAUUUGGCUGAUCGCAUGGCGAAGGCGCCGCAUCGCCCAGGCCUCAGCCAGCUCCAGGCUAUCUCUCUCUUCGUUCUGCUGGACCUUUUGGGCGCCCGCCAGCCGACCAUCCAGAACCAUUUCCGCAACACAGCCCUCUGGUUCGAAAGGCUCGUUGGCCUCGAGAAGCGGCUGCACCAUCUUGGCCUCCUGGAGUCUCACGCAAGGGAGCAGCUCUAUUUCCAGCCACGUUCCUAUUAUGACCCCAUCGAAGACGACCACGCUCCCUUCCUCCGGAGAGGUGUCCCAGUCCUUCACCUCAUCACCACACCUUUCCCCGCAGUCUGGCACACCUUCGAGGACACAGAGGAGAACCUCCACCCGCCCACUGUGCUCAACCUGUGCAAGAUCUUGGCAGGUUUCCUGGCAGAAUAUCUGUGGCUUUAGGCGGAAGGGACUCCCCUCCUGACUCAGAGGCCUUUUGCGUUUGGUCAACCGAGAUGUGGAACGGCUGAAGGAUGCGCCUUGUUUAAGAACCAGCACGAUCGCUUGCCAGGGCCCUUGCAGAAGCUUUGCUCGUGGUCCAAGGGGAAAUGGGAUGUGGGGAGAGGCAGGCUGGGAAACGGAAGGUUCUCAGACCUUGUGCCUUGGGGUAUUAAGCCUUGAAGCCCCUCAGGGAAGGUGACAGGCCAGGCAAGAGGACACCAGUUUGGUCUCCCAAGAUGGCACAGGUCAGGGAAACCGAAUUGAAGUGGCAGUAGAGAGAAUAAAUAAAAACCUUUCUUCCCAGGGGAUUUAUUGUGGGGGGGGGGAACCCCCAACCUGUCCCUGAUCAGCAACCCUACAAUGUGCACUCUUGUUAUUAAUAAUAGUCUUGAAUCCAAGUUCUGCUCUUGAGCCAUUUUGGAAACCAAGGCCUGGUUUUUCGAAGUGCCCAGGCUUCCUCCGUCUGUUGGUUCCACGGAAUGUGGCUAUUGACACGUGACAGAGACACGAUUCAGGGAGAACCGUUUGCACUCUCAUCCCAGGUACUUAAAAUGAACUUUUCUUUUUCCCCAAGGCAGCUGUUUGGUCUGUGCUUGGGGGCGGGGUGGGGUUGCAGAACAAUGUCCAAGAUGCCCAGAGACGCCUACCUCUGUCCCCUGACCUAUUCCGUCCUGUAACAAGCAAAAACGGGUUUUUACUCUGUUUUUAAUUUAAUAUUUAUUGUUGAGCCUUAAGGCCACUUCAGGUGUGGCAGCUCUGCUAUGUGGAAAAAGCUUGGGUGGGAGGGAUAAAUUCUCAUGUCGCAUUCAAGCUAAAUCUGGGUUACGCACCUUCCUUGCUCCAAAGUGACUCCGAGGCCUGGUUUAGACACAGGACAAAAUCCUGAGUUAGGAGAGUGGGAUGCCAAUUCUGAAUGCUUCCUCACCUUUUUAAAGCAUACCUGCAAGUGAAAAGCUAGCAAAUCAGUGAGAGAAUCCAGUUCAGCCCUCUUCCUGGUGUUCUAGCUUUCUACUUGCAAGGACUUACUUUUUUAAUUAAAAAAAAAAGUUGGAGAACAAUCUGAAGUGUUACAAUCCAUUAUUCCAUCUCAGACUACGUCCCCUCCCUCAAAUGGUUCAUUAACAAGUAUUACAAUAAAAGUUUCUUGCAACUUUCUGCUCUUUCA